CGCGAGCGGCUGAUGGCAUGGCGCAUCUCGUCCAGUCUCGUCACCGCCGGUUCAUGACGCGCAAUGCUGAUCGCAUCUAACGUCUGUAUCAAUAUAAUGAGCACAUGGAAAUUGAUACAGCGACGGUGUUACGAUCUGCUCUCGUACAAGUACUCCUUGCUCGUGAUACUGUUGGCGUUCACUUGCAUAUUUAUCGGCAUAAUACACUUCGGAGAGGUGUGGUUGACAUGGAGCAAGGAGAAGUACGAGGCGGUCUUUCACUCCUUCAAUGACAACAUCUUGGGGGUUUCCUUCCAAAAGAAAUUGUGCCAGCACGUCCCCGUAGACGUGGUUUACACAUGGGUGAAUGGGUCCGACCCACUGUUCCUGGAGAGUCUCCGCAAGCACGUCCCUGUCGUGGAUCUCAGUGCUGCAGCCUCGAGAUUCAAUGACAAGGAUGAGCUGCGCUAUUCACUGCGCUCAUUGGAGAUGUAUGCGCCUUGGGUGCGGCAUGUUUACAUUGUCACCAACGGCCAGAUACCGAGUUGGUUGGACAUGGAUAAUCCACGAGUAACCUUGGUCACUCAUGAGGAUAUUUUUCUGAAUAAAAGUGAUUUACCAACUUUUUCUAGUCCUGCUAUUGAAAGUCAUAUUCAUAGGAUACCUGGAAUAUCAGACAAAUUUUUAUAUUUUAAUGAUGAUGUUAUGCUGGGUGCUGAAAUAUGGCCAGAGGACUUUAUCACUCAAGCAGGUGGACAGAAGGUGUAUCUGGCUUGGUGGGUUCCUGAUUGCUCCGAGGUUUGUCCGUGGGCAUGGGUCGGUGAUGGAUCGUGUGAUCAUGCUUGCAACACGACAUUAUGCGAAUUUGAUGGUGGAGAUUGUCAAUCUACUGUGAUUCCAUUCGAUAGCGAAGCGUUGGAAGAAGAGAACGACUACCCGUACAAGUAUCUGCAGGACUCGCGUGAGAUCAACGGGCUGAAAUUGUUGGACAUCUUGCGCAAUAAAAACCGCAAUAGUUCACUAUGGAACGACACGAAGGCGUCUACGAUUCAGGCGUUACUCGCAUAUGAUCUCAGCACCUCUAAGUUGCCAAUUUUCGCGUUGGGCGAUCUUAAGAGUAUUAAUCUCCCGAAAUCACGAGGACGACGCGAGGCGAGCGUGCAAAUUGACGACGGAGAGGACGGUAGAGUGAGGAAUUCUUUAUAUGCCAAGCUAUCGCGUAGAAGCAUCUCGGACAAGAACGCGAAUCGUACUGAACAGUCGAAGCGAAGCCAUCUCAACGACGACAUCGUGAAUCCGGCGCGGCCCAACGCGAAGUUCGGCAAGUUUGCGUACUCCAAUCAAUGGCGGCACAAUGCUCGAGGACUCGACACCUACGCGGAAUCCUUGCUAUACGUCAACAAGAUCUACAACACGGUUUACGGAUUCGAGCGGAGGCGAGUGCCGGCGCAUAUGCCGCACUUGAUAGACAAGUGGGUCGUGAUGAGCAUGCAGCAGAAAUUCGAGACUGAAUUCAAGAAAACAUCUAGUCACCGAGUAAGAGAUCCCGAGGACAUGCAGUUCGCCUUCUCUUAUUUCUACUUUUUGUCCAGCGAGAAACGAAGAGUGUCGAUCGAGGAGAUAUUCGACGCGUUCGACACCGAUAAAUCACGAACUUGGUCGGACAGGGAGAUAAGGACACUUCUGUCAAGACUGUAUCCACUACCUCUCGACUAUAAUCUAGUCAUGGAAUUCGAGAGCGCGAUCACAAAUUGCUCGCGUCGCGCGAAUCUACCGGAAAUCAUCGAUGUCCCACCCGGUGAGAGAUACUUGGACUCGACUCUCCCGGUAGUUUCUAAAGAACUGAUAUCGAACUGUGAAACAGUUUCUAAGAGAAUGCGCUCGAGAUUCGGCGUGAGUAGCCGGUACUCGCACGAGGUAAUCAAAGCCGGCAAGAACGAGAUCUUCGACAUGUUGACGAGCAACGUCUCGUUGACGGUGCAGCUACUUGAUGAGAUUCGACGAGAUCCCAAGAAGUUCAUUUGCUUGAACGACGACAUGGAUCCCAGUCGGCACUCCGAGAACGAGGUCGUUCGCGCUCUGCUGAACGACUUCUAUCGUUCCUUGUAUCCGUUACGUAGCAGCUUCGAGUUGCCGGCGCAAUAUCGGAACCGUUUCUCCCAUCGGCACGAGUUGCUCGAGUGGAAGGCGAGCCGUGCAAAGGCCAGGAACUUGCUACUGUGCCUGGUGACUCUACUGCUCGCUCUCACGUUCUACCACGUACUCUUCCAUCACAUGCGGAGACUAUGCAGAAUUCGAGAGUUACCUACACUCCUCGUGUGAGGAAUAACCGACGCGAUAUAAGAAUGAAUUGCAAAUAUUAGUCAAAUAUUACGAUUAAACGUUUUUCAAUCGGACAGGAUCGGGAUCAGGACGAGGAUCUUAUCCGGUAAGAACUUCCAGUGUCGUUUUCUAAAACUAGAUAAAAUGAUAUACCUCUGUGAUACGGCGAAUAAA